AUGAGAGAUUUUCAUCUGCUGAGUAUUUUUUUGUUAAUUCUAUUGAUAUUUGGAAAAACAGAAUCAAGUGAAUUGUCGCGAUGUUGUUCGGGUGGUGCUCGACAUUUUCAACAAACCGCCACUUGCUCGGCAAUCAGGAGUGAAGGUUCCUCAAUGCUUUGCGUGCGAACGGCGUCGAUUUGUUGUUUGAGAUCGUUGAUGGACGCUUCUUGUGAUGCAGGAGCAACAAUGGGGAAAAACGAGCAAACGUGUCCGACGAACAUUAACGUACUUGGUGGAGGGUUGAAAAAGGAAUGCUGUGAUUGCUGUCUUCUCGCCCAGGAACUUGUUCGUCGAAAUGAACCUUGCUUGCCUCCAAAUGGCUUCUCGGCAGUCUGUCUCCGAUCGUUCAAUCGUUGUUGUCAAUCGGAUAUCGAGAUCACACCGGCUGUCAUCGUUCAACAAAAGCAGCCGACUGCUGGUAGGGAUUCAAAAGAUGGCUCCUUGUUAAGAAUUGGUGAUCGAUGUCUGAGCAAUCCGUGUGAUCAUCUUUGCACUGACAGUGGUGGUGAGAAUGUGGAGUGUUCCUGUCGUGAUGGAUUUGAUUUGGGAGCUGAUGGGACAUCGUGUAUCGACAUUGAUGAAUGUUCACGCAAAGCGUUUCCUUGUCGCGCACAAACGAUUUGCAUCAACACAAAAGGAUCGUUCAUUUGUCGACCGUUUCGCACAGCAAAUCGGCAUAAGAAUGCAAAUCGAACGACAUCUGCACGAUCCAGUAAACUCGUUCAACCACCGGAUAGAUCGAGAACCGAACCGAGAACCGAACCGAGAACCGAGAACGAGAAGCGUCAACAACAACCGCUCACCUAUGCACCACCGCAACCAUUGCAAGCAAAGGGAGCAAGGACUCAAGUGGAUCAACAAGGACAUUCGCUGAGACCAGGACCAAAGGGAAGAUGUCCGAAAGGAUACGAAUUGAGGCAGCAACUAUGUUUUGAUAUCGACGAGUGUAUUCUUUUGUUGGAUGGAUGUUUGGAAGGACAGCGAUGUUUAAAUGUUCCUGGAUCAUAUAAAUGUAUUCGAACGCUUUCUUGUGGAACCGGCUACGUGAUGGACUCGGAAACGGAACAGUGCACGGAUGUGGAUGAGUGCAAUUUGGGAUCGCACGAUUGUGGCUCAUUGUAUCAAUGCAGAAAUACGCAAGGUAGUUAUCGAUGUGUUGCGAAGAAAUGUGCAGAUGGUGAGUUGCAAAAUCCGGUGACCGGCGAGUGUACAUCGAUUCAUUGCCCAACUGGAUAUUAUCCAAAAGAAGGACGAUGCAAUGAUAUCGAUGAAUGUGUGAAGGGAAAUCCUUGUCUAGCGAACGAGGACUGCGUGAAUACUCCCGGUGCUUACAGAUGUCAACAACGCGGAAAUCCGUGCACUUUUGGCUAUCAAGUGAAUCCAAAUUCAGGAUUUUGUGAAGAUGUUGAUGAGUGUUUAUCACCAAAUUCUUGUGGUGGAAUGGAAUGUACAAAUCUUCCCGGCUCAUUCAGAUGCAAAUGUCCACAGGGAUAUGAGUUCGAUGAGAAGACAAAGCGAUGUGAAGAUAUUGAUGAAUGCAUUCGAUUCUCUGGCCACGUUUGCGAUGUUUUGGCCACUUGCUCGAACACAAUCGGCUCUUUUCUGUGCACAUGUAAAACCGGUUUCGAAUUGGCGUUGGAUGGGCGAAAGUGUGUUGAUAUUGACGAGUGCUCAAGGAAUAUCGCAAGAUGUGCCCAGAAAUGCGUGAACAUUCCUGGAAGCUAUCAGUGUAUCUGUGAUCGAGGGUACGCGUUGGGACCCGAUGGGGUGACUUGUGAAGACAUUGAUGAGUGCUCGUUAUGGUCGGGAACGGAUCUAGGCAACGAGUUGUGCAUGGGUGAGUGCAUCAAUACCCCCGGCGCAUACACAUGCAAAUGCCCGCCCGGGUACCGGAUUCAACCCGAUGGACGCACGUGUGUUGACAUCGAUGAAUGUGCUCAGGGCGAGUGUCAGGGUUCGGAUCGAGUUUGCGUAAACACUUUGGGCCACUUCAAGUGUCAUCGAAUCGAGUGUCCUUCAAAUUAUGUCCACGACAUUCAUAUCACUUGGCAGUUUAUCGGUUUGCCAAAGAAUGUUCCACUAACAUUGCAUCGUCCAUCAGUGACUUUAUUUACAAUAAAGGGACCAGCCACCGCAGAGAGUCAUGUCCAAUUUGAGUUGGUCAUGAAAAGAGCCAGUCCGGAAGAAAUGGGCGUCAUUCCAGCGAUUCGCGCGAACUUUUUACUGCAAAAGGGAAACGAGCCGAACACAGCUGUUGUGGCUAUGAGAGAUAGUCUUGAUGGUCCACAGCUUAUCGAAUUGGAGCUGAUCCUUCGCCUAACACGAAAUGGACAUUUCGCUGGGAAAUAUCUAGCGAAUCUCGUUAUUCACAUCAGUCCACACGAAAAGAGAAAGAAUCAUUUCUUUCACUCAAUUCACAAAAGAUUU